UCCGCCCCCUUCUGGAACGCGGAGCCGCUGAGUGGGCCGGCGGCCAUUUUGUGAAGCAGCGAAGGAGGUGGUCGCUGCGCUGGGCCACAGGACGCCGUUCGGGCUGGGGCUGUCGGCCGCGGGGCAGAGGCACUCGCGCGGGGGGUAACUCGGGUCUGGGUUCUGGUGACGCGCAAGCUCUCCCCGUCUAAAAGUUGGUUUUAAUUGGUUGCCCACAGGAUUGACUUGACCUCUACUUGUUAAGAAAAUACAUCUCUUGUUUUAUCAGGUGUGUGUGGUUUCAGCGCAGCAUGGCUGUGGUCAUCCGUUUGCAAGGUCUCCCAAUUGUGGCGGGGACUAUGGACAUUCGCCACUUCUUCUCUGGAUUGACCAUCCCUGAUGGGGGCGUGCAUAUUGUAGGGGGUGAACUGGGUGAGGCUUUCAUCGUUUUUGCCACUGAUGAAGAUGCAAGGCUUGGUAUGAUGCGCACAGGUGGUACAAUUAAAGGGUCAAAAGUAACACUGUUGUUGAGUAGUAAAACAGAAAUGCAGAAUAUGAUUGAACUGAGUCGUAGGCGUUUUGAAACUGCCAACUUAGAUAUACCACCAGCAAAUGCUAAUAGAUCAGGACCACCACCUAGCUCAGGAAUGAGUGGUAGGGUAAAUUUGCCUACAACUGUACCCAACUUUAAUAAUCCUUCGCCAAGUGUAGUUACUGCUACGACUUCUGUUCAUGAAAGCAACAAAAACAUACAGACGUUUUCCACAGCCAGCAUAGGAACUGCUCCUCCAAGUAUGGGAACUUCUUUUGGGAGCCCAACGUUCAGCUCAACCAUUCCGAGUACAGCCUCUCCAAUGAAUACAGUCCCUCCACCACCAAUUCCUCCAAUUCCAGCACUGCCAUCUCUGCCACCGAUGCCAUCCAUUCCCCCAAUACCAGUUCCCCCUCCAGUACCUACAUUGCCUCCGGUGCCUCCUGUCCCCCCAAUUCCCCCAGUCCCUUCUGUGCCACCCAUGACCCCACUGCCACCCAUAUCAGGUAUGCCACCCUUGAAUCCGCCACCUGUGGCACCUCUACCUGCUGGAAUGAAUGGCUCUGGAGCGCCUAUAAAUCUGAACAAUAAUCUGAACCCUGUGUUUCUGGGUCCAUUGAAUCCUGUUAACCCUGUCCAGAUGAACUCUCAAAGCAGCGUGAAACCACUUCCCAUCAAUCCUGAUGAUCUGUAUGUCAGUGUGCAUGGAAUGCCCUUUUCUGCAGCGGAAAAUGAUGUCAGAGAUUUUUUCCAUGGGCUCCGUGUUGAUGCAGUGCAUUUGUUAAAAGAUCAUGUAGGUCGAAAUAAUGGGAAUGGAUUGGUUAAGUUUCUCUCCCCACAAGAUACAUUUGAAGCUUUGAAACGAAACAGAAUGCUGAUGAUUCAACGCUAUGUGGAAAUUAGCCCUGCCACAGAGAGACAGUGGGUAGCUGCUGGAGGCCAUAUCACUUUUAAGCAAAGUAUGGGACCUUCUGGACAAAGCCAUCCCCCUCCUCAGACACUUCCCAGGUCAAAAUCACCCAGUGGUCAGAAAAGGUCAAGGUCAAGAUCACCACAUGAGGCUGGUUUUUGUGUUUACUUGAAAGGGCUACCAUUUGAAGCAGAAAACAAACAUGUCAUUGAUUUUUUUAAAAAGUUGGAUAUUGUGGAAGAUAGUAUUUAUAUAGCAUACGGACCCAAUGGUAAAGCAACUGGUGAAGGCUUCGUAGAGUUCAGGAAUGAGGCUGACUAUAAGGCUGCGCUGUGUCGCCAUAAACAAUACAUGGGCAAUCGCUUUAUUCAAGUCCAUCCAAUUACUAAGAAAGGUAUGCUAGAAAAGAUAGAUACAAUUCGGAAAAGACUCCAGAACUUCAGCUAUGACCAGAGGGAAAUGGUGUUAAAUCCAGAGGGAGAUGUCAACUCUGCCAAAGUCUGUGCCCAUAUAACAAAUAUUCCAUUCAGCAUUACCAAGAUGGAUGUUCUUCAGUUUCUUGAAGGAAUCCCAGUGGAUGAAAAUGCUGUACAUGUUCUUGUUGAUAAUAAUGGGCAAGGUCUAGGACAGGCAUUGGUUCAGUUUAAAAAUGAAGAUGAUGCACGUAAGUCUGAACACUUACACCGUAAAAAACUUAAUGGGAGAGAAGCUUUUGUUCAUGUAGUUACCCUAGAAGAUAUGAGAGAAAUUGAAAAAAAUCCCCCCGCUCAAGGAAAAAAGGGGUUAAAGAUGCCUGUGCCAGGUAAUCCUGCAGUACCAGGAAUGCCAAAUGCAGGAAUCCCUGGGGCUGGAAUCCCCGGUGCGGGAAUCCCCGGUGCGGGAAUCCCCGGUGUGGGAAUGCCCGGUGCGGGAAUGCCCGGUGUGGGAAUGCCCGGUGUGGGAAUGCCCGGUGCAGGAAUGCCUGGUGCAGGAAUACCAGGUGCUGGACUUCCCAGUGUGGGUAUACCUGGUGCUGGAAUACCUGGUGCGGGGAUGCCCACUGCAGGAAUACCCACUGCAGGAAUGCCAGGUUCAGGAGGUGAAGAGCAUGCCUUCCUGACAGUAGGAUCAAAGGAGGCCAGCAAUGGUCCUCCAUUUAACUUUCCUGGUAAUUUUGGUGGGUCAAACGCUUUUGGGCCACCUCUUCCUCCUCCAGGAUUAGGAGGGACCUUUGGUGAUGCUAGGCCUGGUAUGCCUUCAGUUGGUAACAGUGGUUUGCCUGGUCUAGGAUUGGAAGUUCCAGGUUUUGGAGGUGGACCAAAUAAUUUAGGUGGGCCAUCAGGAUUUCCAGGGGGCCCUCAGAAUUUUGGAAAUGGCCCUGGUACCUUGGGUGGCCCCCCUGGCUUUGGAAGUGGCCCUCCUGGUCUUGGAAGUGCCCCAGGCCAUUUGAGUGGACCACCAGCCUUUGGACCUGGACCUGGCCCUGGCCCUGGCCCAAUACAUAUUGGUGGUCCCCCUGGCUUUGGGUCUAGUUCUGGAAAACCAGGACCUACUGUAAUUAAAGUUCAGAACAUGCCCUUCACUGUGUCUAUUGAUGAGAUUUUAGAUUUCUUUUAUGGCUAUCAAGUUAUCCCAGGCUCAGUGUGUUUAAAGUACAAUGAAAAAGGUAUGCCCACAGGUGAAGCCAUGGUGGCCUUUGAAUCCCGGGAUGAAGCCACAGCUGCUGUCAUUGACUUAAAUGAUAGACCGAUAGGCUCAAGAAAAGUAAAACUUGUAUUAGGAUAGCCAUUUAUUCUUUAUAGGGUAGAUCUUCAUAUUGCUGUGAUUAAUGCAUCCAGAUUUGUUUUCCUAGUAUUUUCAAGUUAGAACCUGUGGAUUGUUUCAAUUGCAUAUAGAUUGGUUUUCAUAACAUAGAGCAUUGGUGACUGUUUACAACUUACUAUCAGGAUAAACAUUGCUGUAUGUUACAGUAAAGCUAUCUGGAAAGAACACAAACAUGAUUUUGGCAUACCAUUAGAGAAACCAUUUGUAAAACCCAGUGAUGACAAAGUUUAUCAAGGAGUCUAGAUUGUUUUGUUUUAUACCAUAUGGGAUGAAGAAAAUAGAAAUGUUAGUAGAGCUCAUUGAGUUUGCUCUUGCCAGCUGCUGAAAAAUAGAAGUUGGCUACCCUGGGAAUUUGGUUUAAAGCUGAAUAGAUUCGCUUUGUUAUAGGGUCAAAACUUUGUCUGAAGUCUUCAUUUUCUUUUAAAAUUUAAUAAAAUCUCUGUAUACAGA